UAAAGAGAGGCUGUUUACCAGAAGAGCAUAACAAGGGUAGGUCUGACUGCAAGGCUGGGAACGGGAGGCAGAGCCGCCGCCAAGGGGACCCCGGUUGGACCCUGGUUGGUCAGUGAUCUGCAGGACGAAGGAGGUGAGGAUGCUGUUGGCCUGGCUGCAAACAAUCCUCGUCGUCAGCAACAUGCUCCUGGCAAAAGCCUAUGGAUCUGGAGGCUGCUUCUGGGACAACGGCCACCUGUACCGGGCUGACCAGCCGUCUCCCGCACCGGGCCUCCUCUGUCUCAACUGGCUGGACGCGCAGAGCGGCCCGGUAUCUGCCCCCGAGUCGGGCGCCGGCAACCAUAGCUACUGCCGGAACCCGGACCAGGACCCACGUGGGCCCUGGUGCUACGUCAGCGGCGAGGCCGGGGCUCCCGAGAAGCGGCCUUGCAAGGACCUGCGCUGCCCAGAGACCAUUUUCCAGGGCCUGCCAACCUCUACAACAGAAACCGAGGAGGUGUCUGAAGUGCCAGGAGGAGAUGAGGUGCAGGUGUUUGCUCCUGCCAACACCCUGCCUGCCCAGAGCGAGGCCGCUGCCGUGCAGCCAGUGAUUGGGAUCAGCCAGCGGGUGCGGGUGAACUCCAAGGAGAAAAAGGACCUGGGAACCCUGGGCUACGUGCUGGGCGUUACCAUGAUGGUGAUCAUCAUUGGCAUUGGAGCUGGCAUCGUCCUCGGUUACACCUACAAGAGGGGCAAGGACCUGAAAGAGCAGCAUGAGCGAAAGGUGUGUGAGAGGGAGAUGCAACGAAUCACCCUGCCCUUGUCUGCCUUCACCAACCCCAACUGUGAGAUCGUGGAUGAGAAGACCAUUGUGGUCCACGCCAGCCAGACUCCAGUUGACCUUCAGGAGGGCAGUGCCCCCCUCAUGGGCCAGGCGGGCACUCCAGGCGCCUGAGCCCCCCAUGAUGGGCAGGAGCCCAUGCAGACAGUGGUGCAGGACCGCCUACCCACCUACAGCUGGGAGGAUCUACACUUUUUGUUGUGGUUAAAAACCCCCACUUAUUUUUUUGGUUUGUUUUUGGUGAAUCCUAAGACAAGCAGGUGGUACUGUGGGCUGAGGGUGAGGCUGGGUGGGGUCCUACCAAUGCUGUUUCUCCAUCCCAUGGAGCAGGAUUUUGCCCGUGAAUGGAGGCAGCGGCAGUCCCCACAGCAGUGCUGCCAACAGGGCCUUCCAGUGCCCCGGAACUGAACCAGGGAUGGACAGGGAGCUCCCCCAGCUCCUCUGUGCUUUAUUGUCCAAGAUGGCCUCAGCCUCUGCCUCCCCAUGCGUUCUCCUUGGGCUUGAGUGGUGCACACCGUUAUUCACAGUUCAGGUCAUGUAGGUUGAGAGGCGGUGUUUAAAAAAGAUAUUUAGUUUUUUAAAUAUUUGGGAUGCAAUUCCCUGCAGACCUCUGAGAAAUGGAAAUAAGUCUGUACGAAAGUCAGAACUGUGGGUUGAGAACGGGAUCUAGGCGGGGGGGGCUGCUGGCAGUGAUGUGCCUUGACAACCGUGGGCUGGGCCCAGGGACUCUUCCUGUUUUGAAAGGAAAGGAAGGGAAGAAUCGCACUGAACAUUCCACUUAGGAAGAGGGUAAAGAAGUAUCUGCAGCUGCCUCAGGCCACAGGACCCGAGUGGACCUGGGGUGUCCCAGACGGUCUCUCUUCGGGGUGGACAGUGACCUUUCAUUCUUCAGGGGUGAGACAGCAGCCAGCUAACCUACGGGAAUGACACUGUGGGUGAGGCCUUGUGAACUGCUUCUGAGAGGUUAACCUGGAAACCCACUCGGAGGCAGGGUGAUGGAGGGGGCUUCAGGACUUGGCGCCUGCCUCGGCCCAAAUCUGCAGGUGGCUUCCUGUGGGGUCAAUAGGGCGAGGGCCACGGCCCCUAACUUGUAAAAUAAUCAUAGAACCAUUGAGGGACCUUAGGGUUCCCGAAGCCUUUUGGACAGAGGGGCCAGAAGUGGAAACUGACAUUCAGGGUCACAGAGGAAGCUACCAGCACGGCCAGCCCUGAGGCCCUGAUAUCACGCUCGGAGGCCUUAGCACUGCUUUCCGUCCAGAGCUUCCUUCCCAAAGCCCUGCCACUGCCUCACAUGGAGAGGGGUUAGUGGGGCCCAGUCUCUCCGGCAGGCUGUUCCUGGAAGUGAUUUGCUGAGGGGACCUAGGCCUCAGGGGGUCCCUUGUUGAUAGAGAUGCAGAAGAGAACAUUACUGGUUUCUACUUUUCUAUAAAAGCAUUUCUCUGUGUACAUGUUUUAUAUACCUCAUUCUGACACCUGCCUAUAAAGUGCAGGAAAUUGCUCUGCAUUUGACUUAUAUAAAUAAAAAAAAGACGACUCCA